AUGACCUCUUUACAGCCCGAUACGGCCUCAAUAUGGGACAGAUAUAUCGACGAUGAUAUCUCAGGCAUCGACCUAACCAUCGACCUUGACGACUCCGAAUUAGACAAUGCAACGGCGGAUGAAAUCAAUACGUAUUGUGCGGAAAGCUUUGCGUACUAUUUCGAGUACCACGACGACAAAUGCGACGAGGAUAUAUGGGAUGAUUUUAAAGAUUUUUUUACGGGAUGGCAAGCAAGACACUUUCAAAAGGCACACCCCUCGCUCCAGAGACUAAUGAUAGACUAUCUCCUGUACCACGGAGUAUACUCUGAAAAGAAGACCACCUCUGAGAGACUAGAAACAAUCGCCAACGCUGAAAAAUUCACGAAAUUCCCAUCUGAUAAAAGCACAUCUCUAUCAGAACGUUACCCCGAUAGCUUCAUCUCAAUGACUAACCCGUAUUACGUCGACAAACUCAACAAAAUCACGGCCGAGAUAUUACAAAUACCCUGGAUCCCAGCAAGCCGAGUACCUGCCCGUCCAAAAACAACAUCCAGACCACCUUGGAUGCAAGCGAUACAGCCAGAUGAGAUAGAUGUGGAACAAUCAACAGUACCGGAGCCGAUUCUACAGGCACAGCCGAUCCCGCAAUCGACGAUGCCGGAGCCGAUUCUACACGUACAACCGAUCCCACAAGCAGUCCCGUCAAGGCCUGAUAAGCCUGUUACGUAUACCCGACCGAUGAGACCACGAGGCAUCACCAACCAUGUUAAGGUGUAUGAUGAUAACGAAUACAAGUACGAGGAUGAAAGGUAUGACCUGAGGGAUGGCAUACCGGAUAAAGAGAUUAAGAUCGUCAAGGAUCUUCAUUAUAAGACUGGAAUCGGUUGA